AUGGGCGGGCAGUUUACACCCUUCGACCCCUUGAGAUGCCCUCAUUACGCUCAAUUCGCAUCAGGCCUCGAUAGGAUCCAUUUCGACGGUAUCUACUGGACGCUCUUUUUUCUGGUAAUCGGUAUCUUGUUUGUUUCGUCGUGGGUUUAUCAAUCGACGAUGAUGUAUCGAGAAAAACAAGGGUUCUGUGAAGAUAAAUUUCGGCGGAGGGUUAAAAUCGGCCUUGCUUGGUGCACAUUACUGUUCUUAAUCGCGGCCGUCAUCCUAGUGGUCGAAGUGUUCGCGCUUCUAGCACUACAAUUCUGCGACGGCGAGGACCUCAUGGCUCUAUACUGGGCUACGUGGACGAUGCUACAACUAGGCUCCGAGAUUGCCAUUCUCGGUGUCGUACUGGCGCUGUGGCACCAUCUCAGCAACGUCCGGCUUCCGCUCUUUGCUCUCGCGCUAGGCACCCCUGUUCUAGUAGUCGCGGGAUUCGGACACGUUAUCCAAAUCGCGCUCCGGAUGUUCUACGAUCGCGCGCGGGCCCGCACACGGACCCGAAGGGACACCGAGGAUGUCGAGGCGGGCGGGAAGCGGGAAGACAGCGACUCUCUUUGUCCAAGCGCUACACCCGAAGAGCAAGAGCAAGGGCAUAACAGCCGCCCCCGGGAAAAUGAACUAUGCCUGUACUUCGCGAUGGACGUGGGCGACGACGAACGCGUAAGGAAGUGGCCGUGCUUUGCCGGGUUGUCGAAUGGCAAGUCGAUUAUCCGCCUAUCUACGUACUCGGGGAAUUUUCCAAAUUUACCUUAAUAUUACAUACUUCUAAGCUGUGGUAGUUAUAUAAUUAUCACUUAUUUACGUAGUUC